AUGGCUAACUCUCUGGAGGAUCUCGAGAAAACCCUCGAGACCAGUUCUCAGGUGCAUAUAUCAGGUCUCCACCCCUCCAUCGACAGCCACCCCCCUGCUCCCGCCACCACCGCUGCUCUCCCCAUCCCACCCUCCGCACGCCCCUCCGCCUCUUCCUCCGCCUCCUCCCCCUCCCCCUCCCUCUCCAGCUCCCCCGCAAUCCGCCCCUCCGCCAUCUCCUCUGCUUCCGCCUCCCACCCCUCCUCCCUAUUGAACUCAACGUCCUUCUCUCUCGACCGCUCGUCACUGACGUCUCUGAUUGGUGCACAUGGCAAGGAGCCGUUCCUUAUUGGAGUGUCAGGGGGAACGGCGUCGGGCAAGACGACGGUGUGUGAGCAGAUCAUUCAACAACUGCACGACCACCGAGUGGUGCUGGUGCACCAGGACUCCUUCUACCGAGGGUUGACAGAAGAGGAGCUGAGGCAUGCCAGCGACUUCAACUUCGACCAUCCUGACGCCUUUGACACGGAUGCACUGCUUUCAACCAUCGUUGCUCUCAAGGAGGGGCAAUCCGUGGAGAUCCCAGUGUACGACUUCAAGACACACCAACGGAGCACGGCUGUGAGGAAGACCAACCCUGCAGACGUCAUCGUACUUGAAGGCAUCCUAGUAUUUCACGAUGCGAGGGUGCGGGCGCUGAUGAACAUGAAGAUCUUUGUGGAUACAGAUGCCGACGUGCGAUUGGCCAGGAGGAUCCGCAGAGAUACGCUGGAGCGAGGCCGAGACGUGCAAGGGGUGAUUGACCAGUACGCUCGUUUCGUCAAGCCAGCCUUUGACGAUUUCGUGCUGCCCUCCAAGAAAUUUGCCGACAUAAUCAUUCCAAGAGGGGGAGACAACCACGUGGCAGUGAACCUGAUAGUGCAGCAUAUAGGGUCCAAGCUGGGGCAGCAUGACCUGAGGAAGAUCUACAGCAACGUACACGUUAUAGAGUCAACAUUCCAGGUGCGGGGCAUGCACACGCUCAUUCGCAACAGAGAUACCAAGAAGCACAACUUUGUCUUCUACGCCGAUCGCCUCAUUCGCCUCCUUGUGGAGCAUGGGUUGGGCCACCUCCCGUUCACUGAGAUUCAAGUCACCACCCCCACAGGUUCCACAUACGUGGGAAUCAACUUUAGCAAGAAGCUGUGUGGAGUGUCCAUCAUUAGAAGUGGCGAGAGCAUGGAGAAUGCUUUAAGAGCGUGCUGCAAGGGAGUGAAGAUAGGAAAGAUUCUGAUUCACAGAGAGGGGGACUAUGGCAAGCAGCUCAUAUACGAGAAACUCCCUCGGGACAUCGCGCAGAGGCAUGUGAUGCUGCUUGAUCCCGUGCUGGCGUCAGGCCGCUCUGCCAUCAAAGCUAUCGAGCUGCUGCUGCACCGAGGGGUCCCUGAGGAGCGAAUCAUAUUCCUCAACCUCAUCUCGGCCCCAGAGGGCAUUCACAAGGCCCCAGAGGGCGUUCACCAUGUGUGCCGGCGCCCCACCUCAAGAUCCAUUCUCAUCUUUGUUCUUUCUCCUGCCUUCCCUGCACCCACUCAUCCUUCCCUCCCCCAGGCCCCAGAGGGCAUUCACAAUGUGUGCCGGCGCUUCCCCCACCUCAAGAUCGUGACCUCAGAAAUCGAUUCGGGGAUUAACGAGGAGUACAGAGUGGUGCCGGGGAUGGGGGAGUUUGGGGACAGGUACUUUGGCACAGAGGAGGGGGAUGCUGGGAGGGAUGAUGAGAGGGACGGUGAUGGUGAUGUUUUUGAGGCGUCUUGA